UAGAAAAUGGCUGGGAAUGAAUUUGUGAGAGAAAAGCAUGUCAAGUUUUUUGUUCGAACACUUCAAAUACUACCAUCAAGUUGCGCAUCGCUGGAUACGAAUAGAAUGACCAUUGCCUUCUUUGCUCUGUCUGGCCUUGAUGUUCUGUGUGCCUUGAAUGCCAUUGAGAAGGAGAAGCAGGAGAUAAUUGACUGGAUUUACUCCCUCCAAGUUUUACCUGAUGACCGAGGUUCCAACCGACCCCAGUGUGGGUUCCGUGGCUCCUCAACUCUGGGGCAUCAUCACGAUCCGGCCAAGGCACGUAAAAAACCUAUCAUAUACGACAGUGGACACAUCGCCAUGACCUACACAGCCCUGGCAUCACUGGUGAUUCUGGGAGAUGAUUUGUCCCGACUGGACAAGGAUGCCAUCAUCAGCGGUCUAAAGGCUCUGCAGCAGGAUGACGGCAGUUUUUGUGCAAUGCCGGAGGGCAGUGAGCAUGACAUGAGGUUCGUCUACUGCGCAUCCUGCAUCAGCUACAUGCUGAAGGACUGGAGCGGGAUCAACAUCCACACCACUGCCGACUACAUCAAGAACAGUGUGUCGUACGAGGGGGGCAUCGCCCAGGGCCCAGAUGCUGAGGCCCAUGGGGGCCCCACGUUCUGUGGCCUUGCAUCGCUAGUUCUCAUGGACAAGCUUCAAAGUUCUUUCACACCUAAGCAAGUAUCAAGGUUAAAACGAUGGUGCAUCAGUAGACAGCAGACUGGUUUCCAAGGACGACCAAACAAACCAGUUGACACGUGUUACUCCUUCUGGGUUGGGGCAACAUUACAGCUGCUAGAUACUUUUGAAUUAUCAAAUUUUGAAUUCAACCGUUCCUACAUCCUGCAAACUCAGUCCAAUGUGACAGGUGGCUUCGCAAAAUGGCCAGAAAGCAGUCCUGAUGCUCUCCAUGCCUAUUUUGGCAUCUGUGGCUUGUCGCUGAUGAAGGAGCCUGGCCUCGCAUCCCUCCAUCCUGCUCUCAACAUCAGUCAGCGGGCAGCGGACCAUCUUCAUACUCUCCACCAGCAGUGGCAGGAGGAGUAGACGAUGUCCAGUACUGGGGGGGGGGGGCAGGGACACCCUGAGCUUGAUGCAGUCUCUCCCGUCAUCAAGGAUUUCACUGUGAUUAUGAGAGUGCUAAAUCCAUGCCUUUACUAUUCUAUGCUGUGAUUGAGCCUGUGCAUACAGCUAUGGUCAGUGUUCCCUGACUACCACAGACUUUGUUCCGUCAACAUGCACUGAACCAGCUGAACAGAGCGUUGACUUGGUGAUAUUUGUAUCAGGGAACUACUGUCAUCACUGUGUUCCAAACAGUACACAAAAUGGUUACAACAAUGUUGAUUGUGUAAAUGCAAAUGUUUGUUGUGGAACAGGUUGCCUUCCCGUUUAUCUCAAGGCCAAGUACUUCCACAAGCCACAAAAUACAAUGGUACUUCAGGGUGAUAGAAUUCUCUUUCCAAUAAUCAUUUUGUCAUUUUCUUAGCAACAGUAGUUUACUUGUAACUUUCUAAAGGCAUUAACUUUGGAUUUGGGCUCAAAGAGAUCAAAGCAGAGAGGGAUGUGUUCAUCCUGGCUUAAAAGACUAAGAAAACAGUACCCAAACCUUGUUGUUAGAUUGACAGAGCUGUGUGAACCUGGUUAAACUGGAAACAUAGCGGUACUUGCUGCCACUGAGCAGUAUGGACUGUUAGCAAGGGUAGAUAACUAGCAAAUUAUAACUAGCAAAUAUUAACUGCACAUUCAGAAAUCAUUUAUAUUUGAGGUAAAAGAAAUAUUUAUUUAUUACAAUAACUGUUUGUGUUGAAUGGGCAUAAUGCAGUCGAUCGUAUUAAGCAGUAUGAGAACUCUUGUCUCCACUAAUCAGCAUGUGUGCCUUGCCCAGUUCUCACUUGGUGAAAGGCAAGCUUUGGGAAAUUAUAUAUACUACACAGAAAUAACAGGGAGAUCGUUUGAUUGUUGCAAUAGUUGAAGUAUGUAUAGUUCAACUGACAUGCUUCCUGAGGGCCAAUUUCCUAGUUCACUGUAUAGGUUACUGUAGCAACCUGCUGUAGCAGACUGUAGCGGCAUGUCAGUGUAGUGAAGCAGUGUGUGCUGGAGCAGCGUGAGACCUCCAUGACAUGCAGCUACACAACAUCACAACUGUCGUACAUGUCAAUCUCCUUAUGUUGUUAGCUUCCUGGUGUUUCUAAGUACCUUUUCCUGCCUCGAAAGUAAUAAUCAUUCCCUGAUAAUAACCGUAUUUUAGUCCAUUAGAAUAAUCUAUAUAGCAGAGUACUGUAAAGACAUGUAGCAAGUUUUCUUCAGUGUCUAUUAAUUUGAAUUUAAACUUUUAAAUGUAACUGAUUUUGGCAGUAGAACCUGCACCAUCAGUCAGAGUUAUGGAACACUUGGGCCACUCAGGGUUUUUCAAAUGUAUUUCAAGUUUAAUAUUAAGUAUUAUGUUAUGUUCAUUACUUUAUUAACUUUUGUGUAUUAGCUGUUGGACAAUGUAUGGUCCAUUCAUCGCAGGCUCACAUUGUCCUCUGUUUGACUCUCUUUGCCCUCACAGUCAAAAACUAUGAUCGCAUUAAGGGUUGUCUCCCUUAGACUAUUGGCUGGGCAACACAUACCACUUCGUGUCGAGGAUUGUACAUGUCGUUGGAAUGAGGGUGGUCUCCCUUAGACUAAUGGCUGGGCAACACAUACCACUUCGUGUCAAGGACUGUAUAUGUCGUUGGAAUGAGGGUUGUCGCCCUUAGACUAAUGGCUGGGCAACACAUACCACUUCGUGUCAAGGACUGUAUAUGUCGUUGGAGUGAGGGUUGUCUCCCUUAGACUAAUGACUGGGCAACACAUACCACUUAGUAUCAAGGACUGUAUAUGUCGUUGGAGUGAGGGUUGUCUCCCUUAGACUAAUGGCUGGGCAGAUAUACCACUUAGUGUCAAGGACUGUAUAUGUCAUUAGAGUUUCAAUCCUAUUCUAUAUAUGAACGACCAUGCCUUCAAAACAUACAUCAAACAAAAGCAGGUGGGUCAGAUUUGAUGAAGAAAAUGUUGCAUUUUUUUUAAAAAUUUGUUUAUAUCUAUUAUGUUAUGGAAUAUAUAAUCAGCUUGAAAAAGAAAUGUCAGUGAACAUCACAUGCAGGUAUAAAUAGAAAAGAAAAGACACCAAAUCUCUUUUACAAAUGGACUUCAGUGGACACCAGCUGCUGUAGGUCAGUGUUCCAGAACAGAACACCAGGUGGCACUACUCCGCUUUAGUGUUAACGACAUAUGUUGGAGGAAUGACUGUUUAAGGGAUGUGUUAUGACCCAUUCUGAUCAAGAAAUGUUUUCUUCAUGACGUUUAGCAAGUCUGAAUACGAUUAACUUUUAUUGUCAUUUGAUGCAUUUUGGAGCAUAUCACUGUCGAUGGCAUGCUUACUCUGUCACUAUGAUUUACCAUAGUUGGUGUCAGCCAGACAUUUAAUAGACCCACAUUCCACAAAAUCAAUUUAAAUCUAAACAUCUUUUCUUAAAAAAGGUUGCCCUAACACAUGCCUUUUUGGUCACAUUCUGCACUCAGGGAUCAGUGUAAAUACUUGUAACUACAUGCACUAAGGUUAGUUCACAUUUCAUACAAUCCAGCUCACUAAGUUCUCCACCACCUAUUUUUGUAUGUUAUUAUUUCACAUUUUAGGAUUUUCCUAGUAAUAAUAUUGUCAUAAUGUCAGACCAUUGUAGUGAGCUGUGAGGAAUGGUUGAAUCUGAUUGGUCAAUCAGAGGUUUCAAAUCUCCUUAACAUACCCGAGUAUGUUACCACCUAUAAAUAACUGUAUGAAGUCAGCUAUGAUAUUAAUUGUUAUGCUGUUCAUUGGUAAAUAUUGUUUUUCUGGACUGAUCAGAACAAUGUUUGAAUCAUAUAGUUACAAUAAUGUAUUUUUUUGCUGUUUUUGUUAGAAUAUUAAUGAAAGUAUCUACAUUUAGAUAGCAUUACAACACAGGUCUGAAACACCUGGAUUCAAGUGGUGGAAACAUUUACUGCUUCUGUGAUAUAACUAAACAAUGUAGAAGGAUUUUCUAGGAUCACAACAUACAUACAAGUACAGGAGAAGUUACCAUGGUGACGGUUCCACCUGGACAAUGUGCCAUAUAUCUGUUAUGGAUGUUCGUGUUAUCAAGAUGAUAUAUAUGUAUAUAUAAAGCCUUGCAGUAGAGGAGGCAACGGAGGGGGUAUUUAUGCCGGGCUAGCUAUUCUCGAAACGUUCGUAGCCCUGUGAACUUUAAAGCCCAUUCUUAACACAUUGGCUACGAUCAAAGUUAAAUCUUAGGGCUACGAACAUUUCGAGAAUAAGGGCCCUGGAGUAGAUCGUAGAACCUCGGGUUAGGGUUGGAUGUUGUGGUUCCACAAAGAAGGUAUUUCCAUGUCACAAUUAGUUUUAAUAUUUGUACAAUGAAUCUUGAAGAAUAUGUAAGAAAUGUUCCAUCUUAUACAAGAAAAAUGUAUAUUAUUGAGGCAUCAUGAUAUAUAACAUAAGAAUGAAACGUGAAAAUAUGACUAUGCCAUGUGAGAGAUGUAGUGAUACGAUGUGCCAUGUCUGACUUUCUCAGAUCCCUGUACCAGAACAAUUGUCAGGAGUUGAUGUUACCACAAUAUGUCACAAGUCGUUAUGUGUAUCAUUCGGCUAUUGAAAUGUGACACUCCUAAAAUAUCAAUGGAUAACAGCGUGUGUGUUAACUAGAGGAUUCCAUCUGUAAAUGACAUGCAAAAUGAACCAUUUACCAAGAAUGUUGUUAUUAUCAAAGAAUGAUGUUGUGUGUAGGAUGUUUUUCUAUAUGAUUGAGAUAUCUGCCAACAACCAGGAUGUGUAUAGUUGAAGUGAAAUACUUGCCUUGUGUUGUACAGAUGGCAGUGGAACCAUGGCCACAACUAAGCAGCCUAUUUCAGCAGACAUCUAAGUGACCAGGCAUCCUCUAUAUUCUUGAACCAUAUUUAACCAUAUACUGGGCUUAUCUGUUGAGGCAACUGCUUGAAAAUUUCAAGGUUUAUAUCAUUUGAAAUUUACAAAGCGAGCUGUGUUCCAUGAGGAGUACAAGUCUGUUGUUGUCAUGGUUGCCAACUGUGAACUGUGAACAUUCUCACCAGAUUUUCACGCGUCAGAUUUCAGCGUCUUCCCAAACAUGAAGAAAGAACUGUCUGACAAGCAUUAUGCAAAUGAUGAUGAUGUCAUAUCUUGCUGUGGGUGAAUUUCAACACCAGCAGGACCAAGCCUUGUACAUCAGCAGGAGGAAGCCUUCUGGUGUCCUGCCAAAAUUUCUGCAUGCCAAAACUUCUACAGACUAAAACAACAAAAUACAUGGUCCAGUGCACUCCUAAUCCCCUGUCCCUUACCUCAAGUGCACUGGAUGGACUAGUCCCACUAGCUAGGCUUAAUUAGGCUUCAGAUCAAGUUGAAUUAAAGUACAAGAGGCAAUAGGUGCAUGAUGUUUGUUGACAUAUAGAUAUUAUAACAUGUAAUAUGUCAGUAUUUGAUAGCUCACUUGUUGCAAAGACUAGCAUCUUGUCGUCCCCAUCACUAAACAGAAGGAAAGGUCUCCAUGAGCUGUAUCUGUCCAGGCGCCGUUGAGAUCAACCUCGGAUCUUGUCUGCGGAAGUGCUGGGAUGUUCUUUUUAUGUCUGUACAGGGUGCUGCUCAUGGAGGGGAAAGAUGGCAGGAAUCGAACAUCUUUUUGUCUGGUAACCUCGUCAUUGUAUGGGGAUGACAUCUGGACAGUCUCUUGUGUGGAUUUCUUUCUUAAGCUGCUGACAAAGUGUAUCUUAGUGCUGUCUUCUGGAGCAUGGACCUGUUUUAAUCCUCUACUCUGGUAAUCCUCUGCUCCUGUAAUCCUCUACUCCCAACUCCUCCCUCUAUAAUCCCACCCCUGGGCUGUUCCAUUAUACCCAUAGGUAUAUGCAUAAUUCUGCCUUGACCUUUUGUAGAAGUUAUGGCAUGUAGAGGGUUUUGGAGAUAACCAGCCUUUUACACCAUCAGAUCUAUGUAGACCAACCACAGAAGUGGAUGUACCUGUUAGGGGAUUGUGUAAUAAGUAGCAACUAACCAGAAUGUUUCUGCCAUCCCCUCAUAAUGUUAUAUAGUCUUUAUACAGGAUGAUAUUGCAUGUUAUUAAGGGCAUUGUUAUGUAAUACACUAAAACUGAUGUUAUAUAACAUGAAAAAGUAUGUUAUAAGGGAUAGUGUUAUAUAGCUUGAUGUCAUAAGCUAUGAAAUUUUUGUAAUAUGGCAAGAAAAGAGUGUGCUGUCUGAGACAUUAUAGGUAUACAAAUAUUGAUUUCAGGCAGAUUAGGCAGUCUGAUGUUGCUUUUUUGGGGUCCAUGAAAACAAGUAUUUACCUAAUUUAGAUUAUUACUGUUUCAUUUCUUAUAACGAAGAGAUAAAAAAAUUCUUCAUCCUAUCAAACUGUACAGUGUUCCGCUGGACUAGUACAACAGACCUGGACAGUGUUCCGCUGGGCUAGUACAACAGUCCUGUACAACAUUCCGCUGAGCUAGUACAACAGUCCUGUACAAUGUUCCGCUGGACUAGUACAAGAGUCCUGUACAAUGUUUCCCUAGGCUAGUACAACAGUCCUAUACAGUGUUUCCCUGGGCUAGUACAACAGUCAUGUACAACGUUCCGCUGAGCUAGUACAACAAUCCUGUACCAUGUUCCCCUGGGCUAGUACAACAGUCCUGUACAACGUUCCGCUGAGCUAGUACAACAAUCCUGUACAAUGUUCCCCAGGGCUAGUACAACAGUCCUGUACAAUGUUCCCCUGGGCUAGUACAGCAGUCCUGUACAAUGUUCCCCUGGGCUAGUACAACAGUCCUGUACAAUGUUCCCCUGGGCUAGUACAACUGUCCUGUACAGUGUUUCCCUGGGCUAGUCCAACUGUCCUGUACAAUGUUCCCCGGGCUAGUCCAACUGUCCUGUACAAUGUUCCCCUGGGCUAGUACAACUGUCCUGUACAAUGUUCCCCUGGGCUAGAACAACUGUCCUGUACAGUGUUUCCCUGGGCUAGUCCAACAGUCCUGUACAGUGUUCCCCUGGGCUAGUCCAACUGUCCUGUACAGUGUUCCCCUGGGCUAGUACAACAGUCCUGUACAAUGUUCCCCUGGGCUAGUCCAACAGUCCUGUACAGUGUUCCCCUGGGCUAGUACAACAGUCCUGCACAAUGUUCCCCUGGGCUAGUCCAACUGUCCUGUACAAUGUUCCCCUGGGCUAGUACAACUGUCCUGUACAAUGUUCCCCUGGGCUAG